GCGGGACGGAGCAUGACUGCAAGGGAACUAUUCGGAUUGAAACAACUAGAAAGGGCGCGCCUCUGCGAUUGAGUGACGAUCCCUUCUACAUAUGCGGCUUUCAUCCCACCGGAUGUCCCAACUCUCAAUUCAAUGAACUGACCGGGAAAUUUUCUGAAGCCAAUUAGCUUCGUCGAAUAGAGCUACCAUCGCAUAGAUCGUGACAGGGGAGCUGGCAAAGAUGUCUGGCGAUAUCACUCCGAACGACGGCCUAUCGGCUAUGAGGAAGUCAAAGCCUUUGACUGUUGUUAUCAAGCUGGGCACGAGCUCAAUUGUCGACGAAACAACUCACGAGCCUCUGCUGCCAAUCUUGACCCUGAUUGUGGACACGGCCGUCAAGCUGCGAAAGGAUGGCCAUAGAGUGGUCAUUGUCUCUUCAGGAGCCAUUGGUGUCGGCCUUCGACGAAUGGACGUAGCCAAACGUCCAAAGCAUCUGGCUCAAUUACAGGCCUUGGCAGCAAUCGGUCAGUGCCGGCUGAUUAGUCUCUGGGACAGCUUGUUUGCCCACCUGGCGCAGCCUGUGGCACAGAUUCUGCUCACACGAAAUGAUAUUGCUGAUCGAACACGAUAUCUCAAUGCUCAGAGCACAUUCAACGAGUUAUUAGACAUGGGAGUCAUCCCAAUUGUAAACGAAAACGACACCCUGGCAGUUUCCGAAAUCAAAUUUGGCGAUAAUGAUACCCUUUCAGCGAUUACAGCGGCUAUGAUACACGCAGACCUCUUGUUCCUCAUGACAGAUGUCGAUUGUUUAUACGAUAAGAACCCGAGAAGUCAUCCCGAUGCUAAACCCAUUGAAAUUGUGGAAGAUAUUUCAGCCCUUGAGGCAGAUGUCUCAAGCGCUGGGUCGGCCCUAGGCACAGGAGGUAUGAGUACAAAGAUCAUCGCCGCACGACUCGGGACGUCGGCGGGUGUAACGACAAUCAUCACCAGGUCAUCGAAUCCCGGAAACGUCUUGAACAUUGUUCGUUACCUCCAGCCAUCGAGAUCGGCAUCAUCCAUGUCGCUAAACCUCCUGGCCGCAUCGGAAAAUAAAGAAGGGAAGCCAGCUCCGCCAUUACACACGAGAUUUUUGGCUUCAAACGAUCCAAUUCGGGAUCGCCAUUUUUGGCUCCUCCACACUCCGAAUCCCCAUGGCACACUAUACAUCGACGAAGGUGCCCACAAGGCCCUUCUUACCAAGGCCGGUUUACUACCCGUUGGCGUGGUAGAUGUCGAGGGCAACUUUGCCCAGCAAGAAGUCGUCCGGCUUGUCGUCGUCACCCGAAAAUCCAACCCGGGCCCAGACGGAAAGCGCUGGGAAGGCGUGAGACAAGAAAUCGGACGAGCUCUCGUCAACUAUGCCGCGCCCGAAAUCUCGAGAAUCUUGGGCCAUCAAAGCACGGAAAUUAGAGGCAUUCUGGGCUAUGCGGAUAGCGAGUAUGUGGCCCAUCGCUCUCAUAUUAGCAUUUUUAGGGCAGAAAGCAGGUCUGCGACUCCAACAAGAGAGCUGCGCUGAGGUUGAGCUGAUAAAGGGGGCUAUCAUGAGGAUUUUUAAAGACGGAUAUACGAGUUUGAUGAAAGACACAAAAGAAUAUUUGAAUGGUGUUUCAAUCGUCAGGAAUUAGGGACAGGUUUGUAGAUGCAUAGCAUUUGAUAUUUCAACCUACUCUACUUUUAUAUGUAGGCCCUUGCACUCAACGAGGGGUUUAGCAGAAUUUGAUUUGGAAACAAGAUGAUUAUAUCUCGAUAAUUUUCUUUCUGGAUAAUAAUGCGACUCG